AUGAGGGGGGGGUCCUUAUAUGAAUAUGAUAUAAAUCUUGAGAGCUUUACUAAAUUUGAAUUUAACACUGGAAUGUCAGCAAAGCUCUUAAUUGCUGGAAACUCAAGAGUUUAUUUAAUAGAGGCUUGAAUGUCGUUAUGGGAAAGCGAAUAUGAUAAUGAGUAUGUUUGAAACCAAAUUGGAGAAUAUGAUGGAGAGUUAUCUAGAGCUCAGCCGUACAGAGUGAUAUACUAUUUAUAG